GGUUCUGACUGCCGGAUACUGCUUCGCUUGGGCUGGUUGCGGGCACCGGGAUCGCGCGCGGGGCCGAAGGACUUUUCCCUUCAGGGCAAAACAAUGCAGACGAUAAAGUGUGUGGUUGUUGGAGAUGGUGCUGUGGGAAAGACCUGCUUGCUCAUCAGUUACACCACCAAUGCAUUCCCUGAGGAAUACAUCCCCACAGUGUUUGACAACUACAGUGCUCAGAUGACAAUGGACAGCAGAAUGGUUAGCCUGAAUCUCUGGGACACUGCAGGCCAGGAGGAGUAUGACCGGCUGCGCACCCUCUCCUACCCUCAGACCAAUGUGUUUGUCAUCUGCUUUUCCAUUGGGAGCCCUUCUUCAUUUGCCAAUGUGCGGCACAAGUGGCACCCUGAAGUCUCUCACCACUGCCCUAAUGUGCCAAUCCUUCUCGUUGGCACCAAGCGGGACUUGAGAAGUAAUGUGGAGAUGGUGAAAAAGCUGAAGGAGCAGAGCCUGGCUCCCACCACCCCGCAGCAGGGGGUUUCACUGGCCAAACAGAUUGGAGCAGUCAAAUACUUAGAGUGCUCUGCACUGAACCAGGAGGGGGUGCGAGAAGUGUUUGCAGAAGCUGUGCGGGCAGUGUUGUAUCCUGUGACAAAGAAGAACUCAAAGAAGUGCCUUUUGUUGUAGUCACCAAGGACUGUGACUCAAAGACUGAGGGCUUGGGAUGUUUGUGAGGUUCCUUCUGAAUCUAAUUGCAUCUUGCACUAAUGGCUCUAAAGAGAAUUUCUUGCAGCAAAUACUCCUGCAGUUCAGGUACCAGGUCCGGCAGACUGAAAUGAGCAGUUUGAUUCCAGGGUUAAGGAUCAGCCUCUCCAGCAAAUUUCCAGUGCCUCUGCCUACAUAGUUCUCAUUCUACAGCUGGGAGACAUCUUCAUAGCGAAACCCCUUCUUCACACCAGAAACUGAAUAGUCGUCCUUGACAGAGACAGUGAUCAGUUUCGGGGGUUUUUUACGUUGCUGCUUUCCCCUGGCCAUUAGUCGCCAGUCAGCUGUCUUUUGUAGACAGGGCUGUGUCUUUCCCAUAACCGUACUCCAACAUCUUAGGAGUUUGAAGUAUCUCUGCUGUGGCGCAUGAGUCCUGGUAUGCUGAAGUCUAAUCAUGAUCCAGAAAAGUUCAAUGUUAAAACCAUCUGUGAUAAUAGACAUCAGACAU